AUGACCAAACCAAUUAUAUCUUUAAAACCAAGUUAUAAUUCUGUUAUAAGAGGGUGUCCAGGAUUGCCGGAUACUUUACCAAGAAUCGAGUGUGAAUUGCGAAUACGAUCGAAUGAUGGGAAACCAUUCAGAAUUGAAAAGAUUGAGAUAGUUAUGAAAACGAUAGAAUCCCUCAAUUCUUCCCAUUCCUUUAGCUCUAAACCAAAGUUUGAAAAGACUACGGUUCAUUAUAAAAAAAACGUCAAACUUUCAGAUAAUGUACUAAUAGGAAUAGAUAUCCCUGUAACAAUUGGGCUGCCAGAUGAUAUUAAGGAGACCAAUUUUAAUAAUACUUUCGGCAAAACAAUCACACUUCUAGAAUGCAAUGUUCAUUAUAAUAACAUCAAAAAGGAGUCCUCAAAAGGAGAUACUUCUGUCCAAUCGUACAUUGAAGUAAUUAACGUUGAAAGAUAUAUCUAUUUGGCUUCAAGGAAAUUAUUUCCACCAACUCGCAGGAAGUUUUAUUCUCCAGAUAAGAAAUUUGUUGUUAUGGUCAGCAUCGAUAACCCUUGUGUUACAACAGAUGAUCUAUUACGGUUACACUUGGAAAUCAAACAUAAAAAUAAUCAAAGUGGAUCCAUUUCUUCGUCAUCUCAAAAAGGUAUCUUUAAUAAGAAAGUAAAACUUAAAUCAAUCAAUUAUGAAUUAAAAGAAUACUUAGAAAUAAAUGAUACAAAUAUUCUAGACUCCAGGGAAAAUGUAUUGAAUACCGCAGUUCAUCAAACAAGUGAAGUACUUUCUUCUAAUCCAGUGAACGUAUCUUCUGAUAUUAGAGUCUUUACCAAGAAUGAAUAUUUCAAAGAGUUUGAAACAACUAUGCAGGAGCCUGCAUUUUUAUUCAAAGUGCCACAUGACAAUCCAAAUCAUUCUGAUUUAAAAAUGAACCAAAGUUUGGAUACAAAAUUACUUCAAAAUAAAACGAAUGGUCUAAUACCAUUUCAAUACCAUACAUCCAUAACAACAAGUGGUCAAUUAUAUACAAUCAAUCAUGCAUUAGAUAUCAAAUUCAAAAUAAGUAAUGGGAGAGAUUUUGAAAUACGAUACCCGGUUGAUGUUUCUCCAUGGCCACGAACACAAAUCAAAUAUAUCGAGCAAGUAAUUGAUCAAGAACGAGAAACUGCAAAAUUUGCGACGCAAUUUUAUGAAGGUUAUGGUGGAAUUAAAAGAAAUAAGCAUACAAAUCUAUUGGAUUAUCCUUCGUUACCACCAAUGGUAUAUGGGACAGACGAUAAAACAUCACAAAAGUUAAAUAUACUUUACGAUACACAACAUAAAGUACCUCAAAGGAUACCAUUGAUAGAAUAA